AUGUCAAAGCUUUACACGUACGCACGCAAAGUUCCUUAUUUAACCAAUAUGCAGUUCAGAUCUUACCCGGCCCGCGGUUUCUCCCCCAUUACCAUCCUCGUGACGAUAUUCAGCAUAUUUCCACCUCUCGCCCUCGCUUCAAAUUGUCCUCGCAAAGGAGAAAACUACAAAUGGCCAGACCCCCAGACCUUCAAUACGACCUCGAUGACCCCCGGCCAGUGUACCCUCACAAACCUCAUGGCUAUUCCUGUAUACAUCGGGGACAAACUUAGCAGUCAGAAAUCCAGUUUAAUCAUCUACGACUCGAAAUGCACUGAGAUAGGACGUCAAGGUGACGUUCUUCAACGUGAUAAAGAUAUUGCAAUUCACUCGACUCUUCCGAAGAUGGUCACUAUAGGAAAAUCUACAGGAUGGGAUGUUCAUCAUCAGCAAAUUAAAGCCUGUUCUGCGCAGUUCAAUUGUACGGCUGCUGCAGAUUCUGCUGCAGUUGUCAAUAGCUUGGACUUGGAUGUCUUCUUGGUAGGUGUAUUAGCAUUGGCCGUGGCUGCUACGAUUUUGGCAGCCAUGAAGUCUGAACUUUCUUCUGGAAUUAAGCAAGAAGCUACUGAUAAUACGGCUGAUGCGAAGUCUGUACAUGUGUCCCGCAGAUCCCGCAUCAUGCCUGUAGCGUCCUCCUCUUAA